CGAAUACGAUUCGUAUUGCUCAUAUUACGUUUUGAGGAAGUAGUCGACAAAUUGCUAUCUAACCACUUUACAUACACAGAGGCGAUAUUCAUAUUCAUUCCUUACAUGGAAAUUGUGACAAUUUGGAUAACUGCUACAUCAUACACUGCGUCGUUACUACAAAACUCUCACCCUUCUAAAUCAUGAAAAUUGGAUAAGGAGGAGGAGGAAGAAGACUCCAGCGAUGACGGAAAUCAAUCGUAUCUAAUGCAGAUAUCGACGAACGUGAUUGUGAAAGCGAGGGAGAAUCUUCGGAGACCCACGAUCCCGAAGACUCGAGAGAGACGCAAGAACCCGAAUACAAGUGGCGUUACAGGCGGGGGAGGAAAAGGGUGACUCUAAAGCAUUGAGCAGCAUAGAGAUAAUAUUCCAGUGAGUGGAUGACCAGGACCUUGAUGAUCAGCUGAUGAGGACAUCUUUCUUAUUGGAAAGACCAGAUCUGAUCUGACAGCUAAGCUUCAUGAAAGUCAUGAAGAUACUAAAUGUAUUCUCAUAGUCCAUAGAAGCUAAGAUUGGCGGUACUCAAAAGUCUCUAUACAAACAUAUAUUCAUAGAUCUGGAGCAGCAAACCUGUCUAAUCAAAAGAACUCUUUAACAGUAAUCGAGAAUGAGUGGACAAGCCUAGAAAUCUGAAAGAUAUUAACAAGAUCAGAAGUGUGAUGAUUGGAGUAGUGGUUAACAGAACCGAGGAUGACCUAUAUAGAAUUCAUGGUACUGUCGAUGGUGUAAAGGAGUGACGGUACCAUGGGUGACGAUUUGAUUGUGAUUUCUGAUAGUGAGGAUGAGGAGUAUCCUUCAACCUCUUCUGGGAACAGUCACAGAAGAUCAGGGGGAGUGAGGUUGAGAGAGAAUUUAAUCCCCAACCAAAGUGAGAAGGUGGGAAACAACGACGAGUUAGAAAGUGAUGUCAUACUUUUAUCCUCGGAGAUCGAUUCAGACUCUGACUCAGAUUUACCGGAUCCUUUCGCCAGAGGCAAUGAUGAUGGUUAUGUCAAAAGAAAGAAAAAGCUAAAGAAAAGUAGAAAGAAGGUUAAUGUCAAAUGUUCAGAAUUUCAAACUCAGCAUGCCAAAGUAAAGCAAGAAGAUGACAAAUCUUAUGAAGAUCUAAUUUUUCAAUCCGAAACAAAUUGUGAUUGUGACCAAGACAACUCCAGACAUUUGAGAAAUGGGCCCACUUCAGGGGAUACUGAGUGUGAUGAUCGUGAAGUUUAUCCAGGUUCUGAUAAAAGUACUUGUCCUUGUGUUGAAACAGAUGAUGAUUUUACCGAGCCUUUUUCCCCAUCUGGCGGUGCCGAGCCUGAUGGUCAGACGGGCAAUUCAGAUGGCUUGGAUACCCAGCCUUUCCAACCUGUUUUUGAUGACCAAAUUGAGUAUUCGUCGAGUAUGCACAGAGACACUUCUUCUCCUGAACAGAAAUUCGCCACAGAUUGUACUUAUUCGGACAGUGAUGGUCCUGGAGGAUCAUCCAAUCAAGAACAGGACACAGGACAGUAUUUCCCUACAGAUUCUCAGUUAAGUUAUAGCCUUGACAGUGAGGACACUGAAGAUCAAAAAAGCCUUUCAGCGGAAGGAACAGCAUUUUGUGGUAAAGAGGCAGAAUCCGGUUGGUCCAACCCUUCCAAUGGCCGCUUACCUGGAAGAGAUUCUGACUGCACUGAAAAGAGUGAUGGAAAGAAAAUUCUUCCCUGCCUACAACAUGCUUGGUCUCCCUCAAAAUUGGAUCCACAGCAAAGAUUUUUGAUGCUGCAAGGGGACGAAUCUGAGUGUAUUUCUUUCUCGCAGAACACUCCUUCCGAUAGUGCUGCCUUAAGCCCUGCACUUUCUCAUUGUGAAACCCAAGACAAGCAUGUAUCUUCUUUGUCACCUGACAACUCAAUAAUGACUAGUGGAAGUAAGAAACGCUCUCCCAAGGGGAAAAGAUUUCCAAAUCUUUCAAGAGGUGAAAAAUUACUGUCAACCUUGAAAGAAAAUGAGAAGCAAAGGGAAAAGAAUGAGACAAUUACUGCACAGGAUAAUACUUACAUUGCAUCAACAUACAAUCCAUCCGACAAAAGUCCUGAGGUAUCUUCACAGACCACUUCUACCUCUGUCAAGGACAUUUCUGGCACUCCGGACAAUCAACCCAGCUCAAGUUCAAUGGAUUCUUCCGAAACCCCUUCCAAGUUUGGGAGCCUUUCUGUGCAGGGUCAAUCUUCGCUGUCACAUGCCAAUGAGGUUUGCUUUGAAAAAACAAUGCAAGUAGAUUCAAGGACUUUUUCUAGAGACAAUGCAAGUGUGUCCACUCCAACAAAGUCGAUAGAUAAUGGUCGCACCGCUUCUGCAGGCAUCUCAAAUGGAAUCGAUUUUGCACCAACUGGUGUGCUGUCUAAUAGAGUCGGUAGAAGUAUCUCUUGUGGCCAUCCAACUGUGUUCACUCCGUCAGCAAGUGCAUCUGUAACUAAUGGUCGCACCACCCCUGCCGGCAUUUCUAAUAAAUCCGGUUCUGCAUCAACCCGAGUCCUAUCAAAUGGAGUCAGUAGAUCUUUUAAUCCAAGUGGCACUUCAAACCAACAGUGUAUGGAAAGAAGCAUACCUCCUAAGAACCGAUGGCAUCAGCAGACAUCAGGUGUUCCAUCGGGAAGCCAUGGGUCAGAAGUCUCCACAAUGACAGAGGAAACUGGAAUUAAAAAGGCCUUGUCUUGUAUACUUUCGUGGAAAUGUGAUUGGAUUUCAAGCAAUGAAGGAGUCUCUUCUGCAGAUGUAUUGCAAUCGUUCUUAGGGUGUAGAGAAGUACCUCGACACCAGGAUGCCUUCCAAGACGUGGGAAGCUAUCAGAUAUCCCUGAUUUGCUUUUUACUCCUUGAAAUGUGGUCGAAGGUUUCAAGUGCAGUACACAGAGAGUGUGAUGUGGUAUGGAGACAGAUAUUAUGGCAAAAACAGAUCUCAGAAGGCAUUGUUGAAGUGAACUACAAACCCAUUGAUAGUUCUCAUCAAGGCCUGAUUGUUGAGGACCUGGUCCUAGUCGAUAUGACGGCCAUCAAUGCUGUAGAGAACCAAUACCAAUUUGGACUGGUACGUGGGGUGUCUGAUGGGACCGUGACCCUUGCCCUUCCUUCUAAGAACAAGGUUGUACCCAGGUCAACAAGACUAAAGAUUGUAACAUCCUUGAGUCAUUACAUGAACCAGAUAAGAGCGUUGCUGUCAUUUCAAAGUAACCCUCUUGCAAGGCAUAUCGCACAGCCAGAGGACUUGUCUGUAUUUGUCAAGGAUGGAAAGCCCCCUGCAGAAGGCAAAGUCUCUGAUGAUGCUCUACUGAAAUCUUUGUCCAUGUCAAGGUCUGCGCAGCAGCAAAUUCGACUGAUGAAUGGGCCACCCGGGACGGGAAAGACUUCCUUCUUGGGUCACUUCAUUCAACGAACUAUAAAAGAAUACAUAAAUAUUCAAUCGGCCUCCAAAAAUCCUUACAAACUGCUUGUAUGUGCACCUACAAAACAGUCACUGGAUGUGCUUUUGAGGAAGAUUUGGAAAAAGCUUAAGAACAUGAAUGAAAGCAAACCAUUUGACGGUGAAGCUGUUUCACACCAGAAAAACAUCGUAAACGGUGUACAGAUUGUACGUGUUGGUGAAGAAGCUGAUGAACGACUAGAAGAAUUUCUCCUUUCGACUGUUCUGGCAAGAAAGAAAAAGCAAGGUGCCAAGCUUGAUGAUGCAGACCUUCAAACAAAGAUUCUUCAGCAAGCUGAUAUAGUUGGAUGUACACUUGAAGAUUGCGGAUCUAAGAUUGUGAGAGAAAGUCUGGAAGGAAAUGUAUUUGCACUCAUUGUUGAUGAUGCCUGCCACUGUUUAGAAACUGAACUUCUUCUCGCCCUUCAAUGUAAAACUAAACGUGUCUUUUUGGUUGGUGACAGAGAGCAGGAAAUCAUUCACAUUCGUUCAAAGGAGGCGAAGGAGUUGGGAUUUGGUCGUUCAAUGCUGGCGAGAAUCGCUCAGAAAUUUGCGUUGGAGGAUCAAAACACAUGUAUACAUAAUUGGGAUACUCAAUACCGCAUGGAUGCAGAAAUUGCAAAGUAUCCGUCAUCUGUGAUGUACUUACACAAACUCAAGACUGGAAAGAAGCAAAAGUCGUUCUUCCUCCGCCCGUACAUCAUCUUUGAUGUGUCCGAUGGAAAGGAAUCUAUGCAGGGAGAAUCAAUUGUCAACAAAGACGAGGCUUUGUUCAUUAAAGAGCUAGUAUGCAGCCUCCCUGAAGAGAAAAAGUUCACCAUUGGGAUAAUCACCGACUCCGAUGGUCAGAGGGGUCUCCUGAAAAAAAUGCUGGAAGGGCAGAAAAGUCAUAAGCCACUAGUCGGAACCCCAAUAGAUUUCUUUGGCUUGGAGAAAGAUGUCAUCAUCUUGUGUUGCACAAGAACCGGAAGGACACCUGCUGAUCAUGGAUUUUUGAUGAACAAACAGGUACUGAAUCUUGUGUUGACCCGAGCCAUAUUUUGUCUCAUCAUUGUCGGCAACAUGACAAGAAUAAAGGAGUUUGCCAACUGGAAAUACCUGGUGGAUGAUGCUACUGGUAGAAAGCUUGUCUUCAGGACUUCCAAAGCAUCCUACAGGGAAGAUGCACAGAACUGCAGAGAAAGUAAUUCCCAAGCCAGUACAUCUAGGAAGCAAUCAGAGUCACAUACACCAAGGACUGAAUUUCGAGGAUCAGCAGCUGGACUUCAGCAGAGAAGAGAUCAAGCAGGACCUUCCAAUGGAAUGAACCUCGUUUUUGAGAGCGGGCACAACCUACGUCAUGAAGGGAAUUCCGCCAAUGGUAAUAGCCAGGAUCCAAAGGAAGAGGUGUUGACCCAUGCAAUUGACUUCCCGGGGCAUCCUGACAUGGACUCUGGAAGCAGGUCAUCCGAGGCAUUGUUCAAUGAAGGUAGAAAUCCCAUGAUUGAAGAACAUGUGCAGGAUAUUCGGAAAGUAAUUGUUGUGGAUCAGACUAGGGCUGGGGGCUUCCGUGCCAUGGAGAACAGACGAUCAACACUUAGACAGGUUUCCGCUGAUAAUGACAAAAGCAACAGGGGGAAGAGGCGCGUGAGCUUUGAUACAGCCACAGAAGAUCAUCAGAGACCAGCGAAGGUACCAAGGACGAAGGGCUCUGCCCAAGAGACAUCCUCUCAGAUGAACUCAUCAACAAGUAGAGAUUAUCCAAAAACAUCCAGAGGCUCUUCUCAACCUAGGGGCAUCCCAAAGAAGCCGCAGGAAACCAUAUCAGCAACAACUCAUGGGAACAGAUUGGGUACAGACCAAGACAAACCCAGCAACCCCCAUAUUCCUCAAAGACAGAGAGGAAAUGGCUCUAGUUACAUUCCAAAUCACGGGAUUGAUGACAGGAAGAAUCUGCAUGAGAUUGGUGUUGGUCUGAGGAACAAUGAGAGGAUUUCAACAAAGAGAAAAGCUUUAAGUAUGAGAGGUCGCACUUUCGGUAAGUCUACACCUCAGAGAUCCAGACGAAAAGAUAAUAAUUUAAGGAGUAAAAUUAUACCUCCUGGUGUGGAUGCUGAUGCAGAAAUGGCCCAAAGUCAUCAAGAUUUACAUAGUAGUUCAGCAGGACAAUAUUACAGCCAUGGAAGCAAUCGGCAACAAGAGGGUGUAGAUCAGUAUCCUCAACCCCUGUCCCAUUCACAUCAGUCGCUCUAUGAAAGAGCAAAGAAUAGGAGUGAAAGGAGACAUUGGAGUGAGUCCACCAAUGUGGGAACAUUUCAAAGUCGGCUUGGUUCACAGGUAAAUCAGAGGGGCCAGUCUUGGAGGCGGAAUAAUAAUCAGCAGCGAGGCAGGUCGGAGGAACGAUUGCAACGUCAAAGCCGUCAAGAACCACCGCCAGAAAGACAUCUUAAGAGAUUAGAAUCGCUCAACCGACUGGCCACCAAUCCUGCGCAACCAGAAAGACAUCUUAAGAGAUUAGAAUCGCUCAACCGACUGGCCACCAAUCCUGUGAAAUUAGACCCAACGAUGGAGCAUCAAAAAUUAGUCAACCAGGCAUCUGGCGGUCGCUCUACCGAGCUAACGACACCUCAGCCAAAUGUAAGAAGAAGGAAGAGCUGUAACCCUGUCAAAUAUAGCCAGAUGGAUUAUCCUGCGCAACCAGAAAGACAUCAUCAGAGAUUAGAAUGGCUCAACCGAUUGGCCACCAAUCCUGUGAAAUUAGACCCAACGAUGGAGCAUCAAAAAUUAGUCAACCAGGCAUCUGGCGGUCGCUCUACCGAGCUAACGACACCUCUGCCAAAUGUAAGAAGAAGGAAGAGCUGUAACCCUGUCAAAUAUAUCCAGAUGGAUUAUCAAGAUUGAACCCUCCACAGUUCAUGACCUAUCACAAAACCUUGUCAUGAUAU